GUUGAGAGGGAGGGGGAUUUGUUAAUUAUUGUAGAUAUUAGAAAUUUUCAUGAUAUAUUUAAUAGAAUCUUGUUCUCUAUCAGAUAUAGCCCAAAAGAUGGGAUAGGUUGUGGAAAUUUUAAAAGAAGUCUAUUUUUUAAUGGAGGUGUGGACAGAAUCUGAUUUACCAAAUAUAACAAUUCUAUAUCAUGAUUAGCUUUUCAACAUUUCCAGUUUUAGUCCUUAUUCAGAUUCUGUAUGCCCAGAAUCUUGCAAUUUUAAGCAGUGUAACUUUGAUCUGGCCAAUUAUUUGUAGGCCUCCUGAGUCUGUAGUCAAAUCUCUGUAGGGUAGUCACAGCAGAGGGCCGAAAAUUGAUUUCUGUGUGCAGUCCAUAAUUAUUGUUAACUGUAGGAGUGGUGUUAUUUACUGCCUGCAACUAUAAGAUUAUAUUAACUCAAAUGAAAGAUUUAGCCGAACUAAAAUGUGGUGUUUCAAUGACGUGAUUGUACUGGGCUAAAAUUGUGAUUUGUUGAAUGAAAUGGGAUAAUAAGCAGAGAAAUUAUCGAUUUGUUAUUCUUAAGAUCACUAAUUCUAUUGCAAACUAAUAGGUACAUAAUACUCAUGUUACCUAAUUGCGUAAGUCUUAGUAUACAAGUAAACAGAUCGAGUCAUUACUGGUUUGAGAUGAAACUAGUUAACUCCUACUGUCUGUAAAGAAUACCAUAUGUUGGAACUAUAUGUAGUACGUAUAGUACUCUCCAUGCAAUUAGUAGUUGCUUUUAAUGGAAAAUACCAUUGCCGUUAUUGCGGAUGAGUGGGCAGAUGUGUGAUUUAUAGGGUACUUCAGAUGUACUGAGAUACACAUAGUGUUCUGAAGACUUCCACGAUACAUUUUUACUUCACUAAAUGAGAAAAACAAGAAUCAUUCAAAACAGCUGAAGACCCAGGCUAAUAGUACACACACUUCUGUUCUGUAUGACAGGAUAUUAAACCUAUGAGUAGAGAAAAUUGUAAUCUGGUAUAAUAAGCUCCUGUUUUGAAUGAUGAGGUUAAUGGGUUCAAUAAAUUUCACAAUGAGAAAAGACUUUAAAAGACCUGCAGUUUUGUUGAGGAUUAUAUUUAAUGGUUAUGAAAAUCUACCCAGGUUUGUGUACAUCUUGGACUGCCUACUUAUUGAAAGUUGAUAUAAAAACAGUGAACUCCAAUUUAAUGCAGCGGGACACUUUCAUUGAAAGGAAAAUUUUGAUUAGAUUUUUGUAUCAGUUAUAAAAGGAAUAUAGACAGUUCCCAGUCAGGAUUCUCAUACUGUAGACGGGACUGAUGAGACACAUGGAAGUGGAAAUAGAUUUCUGUGUUUAACAGGUGUCCCCUUACAGUAGAGACAUCACAUCAUGGGCAAACAAAACAGUAAGCUCAAGCCAGAGAUCCUGGCGGAUCUGAGGAGCCAGACGGAAUUCAGUGAGGAUGAACUACAAGAGUGGUACAAAGGCUUCAUUAAAGACUGUCCCAGCGGCCACCUCUCUGUGGAGGAAUUCAAGAAAAUCUACGGAAAUUUCUUCCCUUACGGUGAUGCAUCGAAAUUCGCUGAACACGUAUUUCGGACUUUCGACCAGAACGGUGAUGGUACAAUAGACUUCCGAGAGUUUAUCUGUGCUCUAAGUGUGACAUCGAGGGGAAAGUUAGAACAAAAACUGCGAUGGGCUUUCAGCAUGUAUGAUUUGGAUGGAAAUGGAUACAUUUCAAAACAGGAGAUGUUAGAAAUUGUGACGGCUAUUUACAAGAUGGUGGGAACGGUUAUGAAGAUGCCAGAGGAUGAGGCCACACCUGAAAAGAGGACAGAGAAGAUUUUCCGACAGAUGGACAAGAAUCUUGAUGGACAGCUGUCAUUGACAGAAUUUAUCGAGGGAGCAAAAAGCGAUCCUUCCAUUGUUCGUCUUUUACAGUGUGACCCGGGUUCUCAAGGAUGAAGAAUGAUUUGUUUUUAGUAACAGUUUCUUCAUGUAAAUAUAAAGUUGGACAAACAUUCUUCUUCAUGGGAUUCUCCUUAUUUUCAUCCAUGCAUUUAUUUGUACAUAGAUAUAUAUAUAUAUACAAAACUGUAUACCAAUUUUUUGUUUAUUAUUUUUUUUAGAGAACUAUGAUAUCUUUAUUUGGAUAUAUAUAUGUGUAUUUAAUGUUACCAAUUUAAUGUAUCAAAUUUCUGAACUUUUGCCCCCCCCCCCCCUUUUUGACAUGCCUUUAUUUUUCUUUUCGAUGUACGAUACACGUGUUUCAGCUAGCUUUGACAUACCUUUUUUUUCUUUUCGAUGUACGGUACAUGUGUUUUGACUAGCUUUGAGAAAGGUAUAUGUAACCGAGCGUAGAAUGUAAAUUUUAUUUCAUGAAGAAGAAUUCAUCUAGACGGAUAGAUUGGUUAUUCCUUCUCGCUGGGUUUCUAUUCAGUUCAAAUAUGAAUCAGUAGAUUAACUGCAUAACGCUGACCAAGUAAUUCUUCGGGAAGAUAUAUAGGUCAGUGUGGCUGCACCCUGAUUAUAGAAUGUUGCAUUUUGAGGUUAACUCUGGUCGCUUAAGGCUGGAGAAUAUGGUGUUCUGUAACGGAUUUUAAUUUCACUAUAUCUAUACACAGAGCUCAUAGACGAGAUAGUUUGUCUGAUUGUCAGCAGUCUCAAAAUUAGAGCAUCUAAUAAAAGGAUUUAAAGGAUAAAAUAUGCUGUGUCAUUCAUGACUACAUAUUUUAGUUUUAAAUGUUAUGGACAUAUGCGAUGUUUCUCAAUAAUAGGUAAUUUUUCAUUACAUUCAUGUACAAUUCACUUGCAUUUUAUCUCGUUUCUACAAAAAAUCUUCGGGUAUAUUUACCACGUCUGUUUUAAAUUGAUUGAUUGCAGUUUUUCGCCGUUUUUGCAAUAUUUCAGCCAUAUUACGGCAGGUGUCUGUUUUAGAAUUAGCAUAUUUUGAUAGUUCCUGGUUAUUUCUAGUAAAAUUUUAAAGUCAGCUCUUAAAUGGACAUUACCAUAGCAAAGAUGGAGAGAGAAAUCUUUGGAACAAUUGGGAAUGGAACCCGGGACCCUUGCAAUUACUAGUUAGGUGAUCUAACCACUGAACUACCCAGGCCGAACUACAAAUUACAAAUUAUGGUAAUAUUACUAUAAAUAAUGAUAUAAAAUUUCAACAUAUUUCAGAAAUCAUGCAAGAACUCUUCAUAUCCAAGAGAUGAAAAAAUGAUUUUGGAGAGAAAAAUGUCCGAAACAUCGCGUAUGUCCUUAUGUAACUUCUUAAUGAUCCUUUGAGCUUAUGGAUUGGAUAGUCAGUUUUACUGCAGUGUUAUAUAAUCUGACGUCUCUUGAAAACUUGCACACUUCCUAGACGAUCUGUGAGCUGUUGUUUAAAUUGUCCCUCGUGUGGUGUUGUCUAUUGUUGAACAACAGACUUAUUGUGUUAUACAGCUGACAGAGGUUAACAUGAAGUCCUGAAGUCCAUUAAAAUCAUUUGAUAUUACUUUGGCUCUUUUGACUAGUGUUAUUUUUAUAAUAUUUUAGGGACCACUUUACACUCAUUUUUCUGAUUUUUAUUUAUUUAUUUUUUUCAUUAUUGAAUAUCAGUGCAGUACAUGUCUGCAGCCAGCUUUUCGAAGAAAGAAGAAUUGUCAUCCAUGACUGUGUGCUCAAGCAUGCAACAUGCAAUGUCCUAUUCAACUGAAAGGUGUUGGAAUCAUUACUGAUUAUCAAUUUUUUGCUGCAAAAUUUUCAUUUGAAAAGAGUUUAUGUACCGUACAUCUGUGUAUUAGAGCUGUUUGAAAUUCAUGUGAACAUUUUAAGUUCUCAAAAGCUUAAACCUAAAUACAUACUUAGAAUGUGUAUACACAUGGCAAAAGAUUUUUUUGUCGGAUUUUUAAAAUUAUGUUGUAGAUGUACUUUGUGUUUUUUAAAUUUUUUUUUAAAAACUGGUAUGCAUUUGCAUGUGGGUAGAUUUUUGAACCUGUUACUGCAAGAACUAAAGCACACCUCCAUGUUAAAAAAUCUAGACAUUGUCCUUGAACAUGUCAACAAAGUUCUUCAACACUUUGAAUACCUCUGUAUUAUAGAAAACAAAGAAUAUUUUCAUUGUAUUUUUAUUAAUAGUGUAUUGAUUUUAUCCUAAUAUUACCGGUACUUGUAGGAGAUUUUUUUUUAUUUGUGCGUUUUUGCAUUGCUGGCUGUUAAAUGUCUGUAAUGGAUCCAAUGCAAAGCAAGAAAGAAAUGAUAAAGACUAACAGUAGUCUAAUAUUUGCAGUAUUUUGACAGUACAAGGUGCAGUGUUAUGUCAAUAUACUGUAUGUUUUCUAUGUAAAUACAUAAGAAUAUCGUCCCACCUCAAAAGUUUUAUUUUUUCAUUGUAUCUUUUUUCCCAAUCAUAUUAUUUAUAUAAUACUCCUUGAGUUUCACGUGCAUGGCCUGUCAUUAUUAAUUUUACCUGUUAAUUAACACACAUCAUUGCGUGUUGAAGAUGACUGCUUCUUGAUCAUUACAUACAGAGUCAGUAUUGUAAUUUCAAAAUAGGUAGAACUGAAACAGCUGCUCAUACAGGAAAAUGCCCACAUACACAUUUCAGUGUGUGAGUAGAUAUCAUUGUUAUUGAAAGUCUUAUUAAAUCCGGUUUGUAAAUUAUGGUAGUUUUAGUAGAUUUUUCAUGGUAUCAUCUUCCAAUGUAUUUGUCAGAAUUUUCAGGUUAUUUCAAUUUAUAUUGAACAAUUUUAUUAUUGUAGGUUGUAGAGUGAUCUCCCUUUAAAGAUUAGCCUGAAAAAAAUCAUAUGCUUGUCCUAGUAUUAAACUGUAAUAGGAUAUACUUUAAGUUAAUUUUUUAGCAGAAUGAGUGAACUUCUUACUAAUUUCAACAGGAGUCCCAUAUUUCUUCCAAAUCAAACUCUAUCUAGUCAGUCAGCAAUUUACAAGUAGGUGUAGAAAAUAAUCCGUUUAUUUAUCACGUAUGAACAAGCCAUUCUGUACACACUCUCUUACUGCAAUGUUGUGAAGCUGUUACUAAAUAGAAGAUGCACAUUUUCUAUGUGAUAAUGUAUGGGAAAAUCUGAAAAGUAGCUACCAUGCAUUUGCAAGACAGACGUUCUUAUAUAGAGUGUGUGCUUAAAUCAUAUUGUACACUGUAUAAAUGUAAUUGCUAGAAAACACAAGAACCAAGCAAAAUAGUAUAAAGGACUGACCAAUGAAAGGCUCUCCGUCCAAGAUUUUUGAAGAUGUAUCACCCAGUGAUAGGGUUCCCUAUUUCUAAAACUUCAAACGUGUACUAGGAAAGUGCUGUGUGGCUAGAACUUAAUUCCAGUAUAUCCAUUUUUACCACUUUAUGUAAAUUUCCAACCAAGGAGAUAUUGUACAAAAAUCACAGAAUGUCUUAACAAGAAAGGUCAUGCCUCGGUGGUUUGCUUCAAAUGAAUACAUUAUACAUGUAUGCUUUUGUGUUUUGAAUGAUUGGGACUACUAAAGUAACAAAAUUCUUGAACUGUAAGCACACAUAUAUGUAGUGGCAUAGAAUAUUCUUCUUGUAGAAAUGCAUGGAUCACCAUUCAGUGCUCUGAAGGUACAAAAAUUUACAAAUUCUCUGAAUAACAUCAAAAUGACCACCCCCCUAUCCUGUAUGUAUUCCAUGUUGUAUGAAGAAGAAUCCAUCAUUUUGAUUUUGAAACUUCUUUAUGGACAAGAAAGUAAGAAAAAAAUUUUUUUUGGGUUAGAUUUUGGGUGAUACAGUAUGCAGAUUCGAAAGUACAAUUUAUGAUAUACAUAUAAAUGUAGUUGUGUAUUUUCUGAAGUCAUUUUAAAAUGCAUUGUUUUUUGUAACAUGUCAAGACUAGAAUAAAUCAAAUGUUAUAUAUAUGUAGCCAUGGUGUGAAAUUGUACAUAAGAACAAUAUAUAGAUAUGUGUUAACACGAGCACAGUCAGGACACAGAUUUAUGUCAUUUUGGUAGUAUCUUAUGACAAUAAAUCUUUUUUUUCUCCUCA